CGAUCGAAAAGUUUGGUCAGUUGUAGCGCCGACUCGGUUGGAAGUUGUGUAGUUUAAAGGCACACCACUGUACAAAAUAGACGCACGUUUUUUCGUAUUAAGUAACGUAGAAUCAGUAACAAUUUUGCGUAGAAAUAACGCGAGAAAAUUCAUACCACAAUGCCGCGCCAAUCAACAUAUUGGGAAAAAUUUGUAUUCGUAUAUAUUUUACAUUUAUUUUCAUAUGUAACUUCUUCAAUGCAGAUGCAUGUACGACUGAUAGCGCCGCGCUACGUAACGUACAACAGUACAGCCACUAUGCACUGCAAUCAUAGCGUCCCCGAUGAGUUCUUGCAUAAAGUCGAGUUCAUGAAGGAUGACAAGAGGAUAUUACAAUACAUAAAGGACAGAAAACCGCCGUUCCACAGGGGCGAGGUCGAAGGCGCAAGCAUGGAGCAUUUCGAAAAUGGCACGACAAUCAAAUUAAAGAACUUACGUUUCGAGGCGUCCGGCUCGUAUCACUGUUUGGUUACGAUGACGACUCCUAUUUAUACCGAACACUCAGAAAGCGUUCCAAUGAAAGUUAUAGUACCACAGACUGAAAACCCGAAAAUUACGUUCAAGAAAAACUCGUACGUCGUAGGUGAAAGUUUAGAGGCGAAUUGCACUUCCUCGGCUGCACAUCCAGUUCCUCAUUUGACUUGGUAUAUAAACGGGAAGGAGGUGGAUAUCAGUCUGGUAAAUCACUAUCCUCACACACACCACAAAAACCAACUGAUGUCCGCUACUGCGAAGCUGGUGAUAGAGGUUUCCGCAUUGCACACAGGAAAAAACGGUAAUUUGGAAAUAAGCUGUCAUUCGACCAUUCCAGAUUACGCAGUGCAGUAUGCCGAUAUAAAGAAGGAAUCAGUCAUGGGUCUCGGUACAACGGCGACACUUGAGUCAUGUCUGCGGAGGUACUUACGUAGCACCAAGAUUCGUUUUGUCAGCCGCUCAUUGCAUGGUCAGCUCUCGCAACCCUUUUACAUUAACUCGUACGUGAAAUUCGUCACCCUACCUGCUGCCUAUGACGCAAACAUUUUCCAAACGUAUCCCGAUCCCUGUACUGCGGUUGGCUGGGGACGACACAUUCCUGGAUCCAAUAAAGGAACGGGUACUUAUCUUCGUCAUGUCCAUCUUCCGUUAAUACCGCACGAAAAGUGUCCCGUUGAAGGAGUACAUCCUAAAUUACAUUUAUGUGCAGGUGUGCUAAAAGGUGGAAAAGAUGCAUGUCAAGGUGAUAGUGGUGGUCCAUUAUUAUGCAAAGGAGUGCAAAUAGGUAUAAUAUCAUGGGGUAAAGGUUGUGCUCGUCCUAAUUCACCUGGUGUAUAUUGUCGAUUAGAUUUAUAUUUAGAUUGGAUAAAUUCAACUAUAAAAAGAAAUAAUGCAUUUCAAAUUGCUUCUAACAUUAGUUGUAUAUUCGUUUUAAUAAUACUUUUUAUAUUGUAAAAUAGAUGAUUGAAUAUAAAAUAAACUAUAUAAAUAAUAAAAUAAAAGCAAUAUAAAAAAAUAUAAAAAAUGAAAAACGAAAAUAUUUUAUCAUGAAAAUAAUAUUUAUGUUAUAUAAAUAAUAUCUGUAAAUUGUUUUAUGUUUUAUGUUUUACGUUAAUAUCAUUACUGUUGUUAAUAUCAUUACUCUUUUCUGUAUUAUUAUUAUUAGUAUAAAUUUUAUUAUAAUUAUCAUACAUUAAUUAAUAAAAUUAUUUUCAAAAUCCAAUUAAAAA